UAUAUAUAUAUGGUGCAUUUAGUGAUGCGUGGUAGUAACAUGGGCUCAGAGCUGAAGAAGUGUUUCGCUUGGGGCUUGAAGUCUCUGCACCAAGCGAAGCAAUGCCACUGCCUUCUCCUCCGUCUCGGUCUCCACCAAGACACCUACCUCAUCAACCUCCUCCUACGCUCUUCCCUCCACUUCGCCGCCACGCAAUACGCUACCGUCGUUUUCGCCCAAACCCCGCACCCCAACAUCUUCCUCUACAACACCCUCAUUCGCGGCAUGGUCUCCAACGACGCCUUCCGCGAUGCCGUUUCGGUCUAUGCCUCCAUGCGCCAGCACGGCUUUGCCCCGGACAACUUCACCUUCCCUUUCGUCCUCAAAGCCUGCACCAGACUCCCACAUUACUUCCACGUGGGUCUCAGCCUUCAUUCCCUUGUAAUCAAAACUGGGUUUGACUGGGACGUGUUCGUUAAGACCGGCCUUGUUUGUUUGUACUCCAAAAACGGGUUUUUAACCGAUGCGCGCAAGGUGUUUGAUGAAAUUCCUGAGAAAAAUGUUGUGUCUUGGACUGCUAUAAUUUGUGGGUACAUUGAGUCCGGUUGCUUUGGAGAGGCUCUCGGGUUGUUUAGAGGGUUGUUGGAGAUGGGUUUGAGGCCAGAUAGCUUCACGUUGGUUCGCAUUUUGUAUGCUUGUUCACGGGUGGGGGACUUGGCUAGUGGACGGUGGAUUGAUGGGUAUAUGAGGGAGAGUGGGUCGGUUGGGAACGUGUUUGUAGCGACCUCAUUGGUUGAUAUGUAUGCGAAGUGUGGGAGCAUGGAGGAAGCGCGCAGGGUGUUUGAUGGGAUGGUGGAGAAGGAUGUUGUGUGUUGGAGUGCCUUGAUUCAGGGGUAUGCUUCCAAUGGGAUGCCGAAAGAGGCACUUGACGUGUUCUUUGAGAUGCAGAGGGAGAACGUGAGACCGGAUUGUUACGCCAUGGUGGGAGUUUUUUCGGCGUGCUCAAGGCUCGGGGCGUUGGAGUUGGGGAAUUGGGCUAGGGGUUUGAUGGAUGGGGAUGAGUUUUUGUCUAAUCCUGUGUUGGGUACUGCAUUGAUUGACUUUUAUGCGAAAUGUGGAAGUGUGGCACAGGCGAAGGAGGUUUUUAAGGGGAUGAGGAGGAAGGAUUGUGUAGUCUUCAAUGCUGUUAUUUCUGGGCUGGCUAUGUGUGGACAUGUUGGAGCUGCCUUUGGGGUGUUUGGCCAAAUGGUAAAGGUUGGAAUGCAGCCGGAUGGGAAUACUUUUGUUGGUUUGCUUUGUGGAUGUACUCAUGCUGGUUUGGUUGAUGAUGGUCACCGUUAUUUUAGUGGCAUGAGUAGUGUUUUUUCUGUAACUCCUACUAUAGAGCAUUAUGGAUGCAUGGUGGAUCUCCAGGCUCGUGCAGGUUUGUUGGUUGAAGCGCAGGAUUUGAUCAGGAGUAUGCCAAUGGAGGCCAAUUCUAUUGUUUGGGGGGCUUUGUUGGGAGGAUGUAGGUUACAUAAGGAUACCCAAUUGGCUGAGCAUGUGUUGAAGCAGCUGAUUGAGUUAGAACCAUGGAAUUCGGGACAUUAUGUUCUCUUAUCGAAUAUAUAUUCAGCAAGUCAUCGUUGGGAUGAAGCAGAAAAAAUCAGGUCUAGUUUGAAUCAGAAAGGGAUGCAGAAAUUACCUGGGUGUAGUUGGGUUGAAGUUGAUGGGGUCGUUCAUGAAUUCCUUGUAGGCGACACUUCCCAUCCUUUGUCACACAAGAUAUAUGAAAAACUUGAAAGUUUAUUUAAGGAUUUGAGAGAAGCUGGCUAUAACCCGACCACUGAGUUUGUGCUCUUUGACGUAGAGGAGGAGGAGAAGGAGUACUUCCUUGGCUGUCAUAGUGAGAAGUUAGCUGUUGCAUUUGCACUGAUCAGUACUGGGGCCAAAGAUGUGAUUCGUGUUGUUAAAAAUCUUCGUGUAUGUGGCGAUUGUCAUGAGGCUAUAAAACUUGUUUCAAAAGUUACAGGGAGAGAGAUUAUCGUUAGAGAUAAUAACAGAUUCCAUCAUUUCACUGAAGGCUCAUGUUCUUGUCGGGAUUAUUGGUAAACUUUUGAUGCAUUCUAAGAUGUGAAGUCUAAAUUCAUGGUUUGCCUCACUUCAAAAGUUGUCAGACAUCAGAGUUUCAUUUGAAUAUGUUGAAAUGGAAUUUUAUGUUCUGCCAACCCUUUACACAAGUUUUGGAUGGGGAUAAGUGAAAUCUAUGACAUCUUUUGUCUGACUUGAAUAUGGUCAAGGUCCAAGAUAGUUUUGCUGCCUUUCAGAUGGAGAAAUGGCCCACUUGUUUGUCAAAUGCAAUUGCAUAGAUCACAUCACAUUCUUUCCAUCUCUCAAGUUGAAGCAGCAAAUUUGGGUCCACUGAUGAACUUCAAAGUACCUGUCAUUUUGGGACAUGCAAAUACUUCCUGCCAGGUUGUUGAAAAUGGAACAGGUUUGCACACUAGAAGUUUGGCCAAAAAGAGAGCCAGUCCUUUUUUAUCUACCAUGGUCCAUGGCAACUUUGUUAAUGUUUCUAGAAUGGACAUUCCGAUCAAAGCAUUGGACCAUACAUGCUAGAAUUGUUUGAAUGACAGAUAAUACUAGUGAAGUUCCUCGGAAGCCUCUUCGUCAACUUCCAAAUGGCAAGAGAUGGUAAUGAUUGGCCUUUACAUCUGUAUUUUAAUAGCUUUCUCUUUGGAAAUGAAUCUUAUAGGGCAAUACUAGUGGGUUUUAUCUAAGUUUUGCAUCCCUUGCAAUGGCCCACAUAUUAACAAUUGCAGCAGUUGGUAUUUUCUCUUGGAAACAAUGGGUUACUGGAGAGAGCGGUGACUUGUGAAGACUGAAGAGGAAUCUGAUCAGAUAAAUUGAUAUAAUCCAAACGAGGAAUGUGAAUGCACAGCCUUGGAUGUCUAGCAUAAUGAAAAUGGGAUGACGCUAAUGCAAAGAAUUUAAAUGGGCAAAGAAGAGAUCUAACCAAGGCAAAAAUCUCAUUUUAUAUAGGUGCCUUGGUGUAGAGACAUGCGAUAUUUUAUAGCGUGCAGUCGGUUCAUUAGUUCUUUGGUGGCAUGAAGAGAGAUUGUCUCAUCAUCAUCAUCCUUCCUGCCAAGUGCCUACCACUGAAACCUCCAAUUUCAAAAAUUUAUUCCUUAUUCUUUUUUCUUCGCACACAACCAAACACAUAAGGAUUUUGAAGCCAAAAUCAAUGAUCACUGUUAUCAAUUAUAGAUGACAGAACGUAGCGGAAGACUGAAAUUUCACCAUAUAAACAUGCCAUUGUGUCUUAUGGUGCUGCCAUGAUGGGUCUCCUGUCACAAAUUACCUAUUGUAGUUGGCAAAAAAUCCACCAGGCUAUUCCACCAUGGCUGCCAUUUAACAACAAUGUCAGUGACCGUAAGAGAUUGUGAAAGUAAAAUUAAAGUGAACGUAUACUUAGUGUUGUUUGUGCUUGCCUUAUAUUUUCUCUACUUCGUUGCUAGGGUAGAGUUAACAAUAUGGGUGCCCGAGGGAUACAUACAAGCUCAUUAAAUGAUAUUUUCGACUAGUAUUUGGUGCA